UGCGGUUUCUUACAGGUAUAAAUUUCUCCCCACCCUGCUCUCUUCAGACUCUCUGAUGGUGAAGAACAGAACCAGCAAUGUACUUCAGAUUGCUUGUCUGUGUGGCUGCGGCACUCAUCACAGUCUGUCAAGGAUGUGAUGAAACAGGGACCGACUUCAUUACUGCAUUUCUUCCAAAUUUCUACGGAUACUCCAAACUACAACUGGUUAUAACUGCUCAGGACUCCACGGCCAAAGUUCGUAUAUCGCGGGGUUCGAAACCCAUCAAAACCUUAAUGGUGAAGGCAGGUGUAAGCCACAAGGUUCAGGUCAAACAAAGUAUCAAGAAGGGACUUCUCAAUUUCUUCAAAUCCAAACCUGUUUGUAAAACCCACUGGGUUGACCUCCCAAGGAAUUUAAUGCUGCAACGUCAGCUUGUUACUCCAAAUUCAGCUAUCCACAUUUCAUCCAGCAAAAGGAUCUCAGUGGUCUCGUUCAAUCGUCAGCGCUACUCUGGAGAUGGAGCAGUGGUUUAUCCUACAGACAAGCUGGGUAGUACGUACUAUGCCUACACUCCAAAAGGAAGUUUGACGAGAAUGGAUAAGCUCCUCGCUAUUGUGAACGGCCCUCGUCCCAACAUAGUCAAAAUUAUACCAUCUGCUGAUGUGAGUAUAAAUAGACGGACCAAAUGGCGCCGAAAGAAACCAGUGAGCUACCGCUUGGCACCAUACGCAUCCCUCCUUGUCCGAAGCAGAACAUCCUUAACUGGGACCGGAAUUUUUGCAAAAACACCAUUGGCUGUCUUAGCAGGGAACCAGUGUCUGAAACUCAAACGGUUUUGUGAACAUGUCUACGAGCAAUUGCCCCCGGUGAGUCUUCUUGGUACCGAGUACAUGGUUCCCAAACCAGGCCAAGCCAUGAGCAAAAACUGGGCUGCGAUUGUUGCUGUUGAAGACAACACUGACGUGACUGUCAAUAAGUGCCGCCGUCCUCAAAAACAGAAGCUGAUAAGGGCCGGCACACACACCGUGGUGGCCUUUCGCCAACCGAUGAUUGUGCAGAGCAACAAGCCAGUGAUGGUUCUCCUUCUCAGCGACAACCACCCUCAUGAUCCGUUCAUGUUGAGCCUGACGCCUUCCUCAAGGCUGGCAAGUGGCUGGACGGUGGAGACAAUGGCUGGACUCUCCAGUACAGUGGCCAUUGUGUCGGAAAGAGAGGGGGCUCACAGUGUGAGAGUUUGCUCAGCGGAUACAUGUUGGCCACUGAAAUGGAACCAAUUUCAUGCAAAUAUGAAGAGGGUGUGGUCAAACGUGAAAGUUGGUCAUUCGCAAAGUCAUGUGACAGUCAGCGGAGACGCCCAAAUGGCAGUGUAUGUUUAUGGAGGUAAACACCACCAUGGGUAUGGCGCAGCUGGUGUUUGUGCUGAUGACAGUCCUCCACCCACACCACCGCCUGACCCCUGUGGGAAUGUGAAAUGCAGAGUCAUGCAGAACUGUGUUGGAGGGAAGUGUGUCCAUGCUUCCACAGCAACCUGCCAUGCUGUGGGUGACCCCCACUACAUGACAUUUGAUGGCCGACGUUUUGACUUCCAGGGUUCCUGCACAUACAUUAUGACCACUGUCACCAAGACAGCGUCAGACUUGGUGCCAUUCACUGUGACAACAAAGAAUAAUCACAGAGGAAACCGGCGAGUUUCAUACGUGAAGACAGUGUCUGUCCACGUGUACAAUCAUGUGAUUGUCAUUGGCAGUCGCAAAGUCCUGGUUGAUGAAGAGCGGCAGAACCUCCCAAUCACUUUGUCCGGUGGCCGAAUCACUGUGAAAAAGAUCUUCUCCAACUACAUCCUCACCACAGACUUUGGGCUCACUGUGAAAUAUGACUGUAAUAUGAGGCUUUACAUCACUGUAACAUCAUCAUACUAUCACCACCUAGGUGGUCUCUGUGGAAAUUACAAUGGAGACAAGACUGAUGACCUGCCAGAACCUGCAGGCUCCAGUCUCUCCACUGUGCUGGCUAUGAUUCAGAAGUGGAAAGUGAAAGACUCUGACCUCUUCUGUCAUGAUAACUGUGGCGGCCAGUGUCCCAAAUGUUCCAAACCCCAACAAAUCCACUACAGCCAAAUAAAUCACUGUGGAAUCCUUGUUGAGUCUGGUGGACCGUUCUCACGCUGUCAUAAAGACGUCAACCCUGCCAUAUACCUGGACAACUGUGUCUAUGAUCUCUGCAUCAAUAAAGGCUCCAAGCAGAUCCUCUGUGACAGCCUAAAUAGUUACCAUGACGCCUGUGUGUCCAAGGAGUCGAAGGUCGACGUAAACUGGAGAAAAGAAGUGAAGUGUCCCAUCCUCUGUCCUCCUGGAAGUCAUUAUGAGGAGUGUGGUUCGGCUUGUCCUGCAUCCUGUUCAUUCCCCAACAGCGAGAAGCAGUGCAAAGCCCUCUGUGUGGAUGGAUGCCAGUGUGACAAGGGCUUGGUGCUCAGCGGAGACAAAUGUGUUCCUAAGUCCAGCUGUGGAUGUCAGUACCAGGACAAAUAUUACCUAUCAGGCACUUCUUUCUGGGAGGACAAAAAAUGCACUCGCAAGUGUCAUUGCCUGAAUCAGCAAGUCCAGUGCACUUCCAAGACCUGCAAAAAGAAUGAGCACUGCGCCUUGCUGGAUGGCGUCAGGGACUGCUACCCAGUGUCCUACACAAGAUGCCAGAGUGCCGGAGACCCUCACUACCAAACCUUUGACAAACGGCGGUUUAAUUUCCAGGGCACCUGCACAUAUGUUCUAUCUCAGCUCUCAAAAUCCGCGGACAAGGAGCUGGAACCUUUUCGAGUGUUGGUACAGAAUGAACACAGAGGCAGUAACAAGGCGGUGUCCUACACCAAGUCUUUCUCCAUUACUCUGUUUGGCAACAUCACCAUCAGCAUGAGCCGCAGCAGCCCCGGCGUCACCCUGGUAAACAAUCGACCGGUGAACCUACCGUACAUCCUGGACGACGGAAAGUUGACAGUGUUGCGGGAGGGAUACUUUGCAGUUGUGAAGACAUAUUUUGGCCUGAAGCUAUGGUUCAAUUGGGACAGCCAUGUUAGCAUGAGGCUUCCCAGUACAUACGCCUCUGCCACAGAAGGGCUGUGUGGGAAUAACAACGGCAAACCUAAUGAUGACUUGAUAAAACCUGACGGUCAGCUGGCAGCAAAUGACAAUGUUUUUGGAGACAGCUGGAAGGUUGGAGGAGAGCCUGGCUGCACCAGCAAAUGCGCUGGUGAUAGUUGUCCUCACUGCACUCCGGGAGAGCUCAAUCAUUACCGACAACGGCGCUACUGUGGCAUCAUAGCAGACAAGUCAGGACCAUUUGGAGACUGCCAGAGUAAAGUGAAGCAUGAAGACUACAUGGAGGACUGUGUCUUUGACCUGUGUAUGUACGAAGGUCACGUCUCCGCUCUGUGCAUCAUCCUUUCAACAUUCAGCAACGCUUGUCAGGAAGUGGGAGCAAGAUUGAAGCCUUGGAGGACGGACGACUUUUGUCCUUCCUCCUGUGGCGCUAACAGCCACUAUGAGCUCUGUCCCUCCAUCUGCCAGCCGACCUGCUCCAGUCUCACUGUCCCAGAGGACUGUGAUGAAAGUGCCCGCUGUGUUGAAGCCUGUGUGUGUGAUGAUGGAUUUCUGCUGAGCAAUGACAAGUGUGUUCCUAUAGCAGAAUGUGGCUGUCAAUAUGAUGGACAGUAUUAUCAGAUUGGGCAGGCCUUCUUUCCUUUAGAGUCAUGUGACACCCGAUGUGAGUGUUCAGACAACGGGGCAAUAGAGUGUGACAAAGCCUACAUUUGCCCUGAAAAUGAGAAGUGCGAGGUGAACAGCGGCCAGGCAUCAUGCGUUUACUCAGGUUUAGGAUCCUGUUCUGUCUUUGGAAUGCAAACAAUUCAGUCCUUUGAUGGGAAGGUGUAUCCUCUGUGGGGCGACUGUUGGUUCCACCUGUCAGAGGUGGAAAUGGAGGCGGAGGGGAGGCCUGCGUUCUCAGUGUCAGUGCUUCAGCAGUCUGGGAAGGAUGGGAGAGUCACUCGGAACGUGGAGCUGGAGGUUUAUGACAUCGGAAUUACAAUGGAGACUGGUGUUAUUGGGGAGAUUAAGGUUGAUGAUGACAGAACCUAUCUACCUGUAUAUCUGUCUGAUGGACGGAUCAGAGUCCAUCAAAAUGGUAUCAACAUCAUCACUGAGACAGACUUCGGUCUGAGUUUGUCAUACGACACCGUCGCCAGCAUCCUCUUACAGAUUCCAUCCACAUACGCUGGCUCCCCCUCUGGUCUGUGCGGCAAUUACAACGCAGAUAUUUGUGAUGAAACUGAAGACCCGGCCAAGUUCCUAGUCAAUGAAACCACUCCCUGUGAAGUGGGCUGUGGCACAACAUCCUGUCCCAAACCAGACAGAAAGAAAAUCCCAGAAGCUGAAAGUAAGUGUGACAUCAUCCGAGCUUGGUCUGGUCCGUUUGCUCGGUGCCACUCCACGGUUUCAGCUUCCACUGCCUUUGACGCCUGUGUCAGGGAACUGUCCAUGGAUGGAGGAGGGGCUGACACUCUGUGUCGCCACAUCCAGCACUAUGUCACUGCUUGCCAACGUGCUGGAAUACAGAUAAAUGAAUGGAGGACGAAAGACUUCUGCCCUGUGACAUGUCCACCCGGGAGUAGCUACAAACUGUGCUCCUCUUCUUGCUCCUCCACCUGCUUUUCCUUGGAGAAAGCAGACUCCUGCCCAGUGUGCCAGGAAGGUUGCCAGGCUGACAAUGGCCUGAUGUGGGAUGGAAACCAAUGUGUGUCUGUUGACAAAUGCGGCUGUGUGUUGGAUGGACGGUACUACAAGUCAGGACGGACGAUGCUCCUCAAUGACUGCUCCGAGAGCUGCACCUGCCAGUCUGGACAGUUCAAAUGCUCACCAGCCAGCUGCAAGGAGGGGGAGGAAUGCUCCAGCAAGAAUGGAGUUUUCGGCUGUUAUGCCACAGUGCAACAAAUCCCUGAAUAGAAGUGACUGGCGCUUCUCUCUGCUGGUGUAUUUACAAGGAAUCGGGGCCUGCAACUGCAAACUGUUAUCAAUGUAAAGCUUCUUUUUUCCUUUGGGGCAUUUAAAAAUACAAAAAACAAUAUUAAAUAAAUAUCUUUGAGCAAACU